AAACUCCCCUUCCUCUCACUUCACUCACACAAUGCCCGGACCGUGAAAAUCGCCAGUUGUGUUGAAGAAAGGAGCAAGACUCUAUGGGAGCUGUUUAGAAUCCUUUUGGUUGUUGGAGGCAACGUUUGGCUCUCCCACUACCUGGGUCGCAAAUGCGUUAAAGCCUGACACUUCUCCGGGUCGAGAGACAAAGUUUUCGAUGCAAGAUGGGCAAAUGGUUUCCAGUGUGUAUGUGCGCGCGCGCGUGUGUUUUUUUCUUGUGAUAUUGAAGUAAAUAGUUGUUCAGGGGUUUGGAGGUCUGCGGGCUGUUCCGCACGAUUUGGAAAUAAUCACCGUGUCAGUUUCAGCUUUCUUAUGCAAAGUAGCUGUCUUUGAAGGCGGAUCUUUUGGCAGGUUAGUUCAGGACGAGAACGACUGCACAGCACACAGUUUCGGCAGCGGCUCACAACUCGAAACAGUUUCAUGGAGACUCGCGUCUGCUGUCCUAGUUUCUUUAAACAUUAUUCGUUUAUUAUGGGAGCUCGUUCGUAGCAUACUGACCGAAUAUUGCACCCCAUCUCGGAUCGGUUUACAGCAAUGCAGUUGUGUGGGGAUACUUCAGCUUACUUCGUCUCGUGCCGGAGGACUAGAUGGUAACAGUGUGCUGAGCCGCGAACAGAAGUGCCUUGCGCUGGGGGAAACGACUGCUUUCUCAUACAUGUAGGCUACUGUAAGGAAAUACUUGAAACUGUCUUUACCCCAGACAUUGACGACUGAAUGGAAUAACAAUAUUUUUUACUUUGUUAUGGACGCUUAAUUGUUGUCCUUCGUGAUUUGUGCGAAUGGAUUUUACGGAUCUGCGACCGCGGCGGGACGAUGUCUCCGAAAUAAUAUGAAAACCAUUGGACAUAACGGGUGUUUUUGUUUGGAAUACACUCAUCGUCUUUUUGGAAACACAAUGGUAACGUUGUGGACUGUACUCAAACCGAAGUGAUUCUGCUUCGGGACGCUGAAGUUUCCAACAGCGACAUUGUUCUAUAGGGAUCAAGACAACGCGUGGGUCAUAAAAAGAGAAAUUGUACAUCUGAGGAAAACUGCGCGUAGCGAACAUACGUAUCGACUCGGUACUGGUAUCAUAGUGCUUGGUAAACGUUGAAAGAAUGACAAUGUCUUCCCGUAAGCUGACUUUCUUGUGCCUGUUGCUGGCGUGCGGGGCCGCCUUUUGCUCCGUUAUCAGCUCCCUGGACCCGGAGCAGCCGGGAGAGGGCCGUUGCCAGAAGAUCGUUAUCCCCAUGUGCAAAGACAUCGGCUACAACCUCACGGUUAUGCCCAACCUGAUGGGGCACGAGGACCAGAACGAGGCUGCCAUAAAGCUGCACGAGUUUGCCCCGCUCAUCCAGGUAGGCUGUCACAGUCACCUGCGCUUCUUCCUCUGCUCUCUCUAUGCGCCCAUGUGCUCGGAGAAGGUGUCCAUGCCCAUCCCGUCCUGCCGUGUGAUGUGCGAGCAAGCCCAGCAGAAGUGCUCCCCCAUCAUGGAGAAGUUCCACUUCAGCUGGCCCAAGUCACUGGACUGCUCCCGACUGCCCACCAAAAAUGACCCCAAUCAUCUGUGCAUGGAGGCCCCCAACAAUGGCUCCGACGACCCCCCAGACUUCCAGCCCAAAAGACCCAGCAGCAGUCCCGGCGGGGUAGGAGGAGGUGGCGGGAGUAACGCUGGCGGCGGCCAAGGGGGCAGCAGCAGUGGUGGUGGUGGUGGCGUGACCGGCCGCAACCCGUCCUCCAAAGACGGCGCCCCGGAGGGGGGCUCCGGCCGCGAGGCGGCGGCAGCCUGUGGCGGCGGCGACCCGCGCAAGUUCCACUACGUGCAGAAGAGCGGCUCUUGUGCGCCGCGCUGCUCCCCGCGCGUGGACGUCUACUGGAGCCGCACGGACAAGCGCUUCGCCGCCGGCUGGAUGGCCGCCUGGUCGGCCCUCUGCUUUGCCUCCUCCGCCUUCACCGUGCUCACCUUCCUCGUCGACCCGCAGCGCUUCCGCUACCCCGAGCGGCCCAUCAUCUUCCUCUCCAUGUCCUACUGCGUGUACUCGCUGGGCUACCUCGUCCGCCUCUCCGUGGGCCCGGACAGUGUGGCCUGCGACAGUGACUCCGGUGUCCCCUACAUCAUCCAGGAGGGCCUGGAGAGCACCGGGUGCACCGUGGUCUUCCUGGUCCUCUACUACUUCGGCAUGGCCAGCUCCAUCUGGUGGGUGAUCCUGACGCUCACCUGGUUCCUGGCGGCGGGCAAGAAGUGGGGCCACGAGGCCAUCGAGGCGCACAGCUCCUACUUCCACCUGGCGGCGUGGGCCGUGCCGGCGCUCAAGACCAUCCUCAUCCUCACCAUGCGCAAGGUGGCGGGCGAUGAGCUGACGGGCCUGUGUUACGUGGGCAGCAUGGACGCAGAGGCGCUCACGGCCUUCGUGCUGGCGCCGCUGGCGUGCUACCUGGCGGCGGGCACCUGCUUCCUGCUGUCCGGUUUCGUGGCGCUCUUCCACAUCCGCCGGGUGAUGCGCACGGGCGGCGAGAACACGCACAAGCUGGAGCGGCUCAUGGUCCGCAUCGGCGUCUUCUCGGUGCUCUACACGGUGCCCGCCACCUGCGUCAUCGCCUGCUACUUCUACGAGCGCCUCAACAUGGGACACUGGAGGGCGCAGGCCAUGGAGACCCGCUGCCUGGACGCCAACAGCAGCAGCAGCGGAGGGUUAAGUGGGUCUUCUUCAUCAUCUUCACUGCCAUCCUCCUCCUACUCCUCAGGCUCCCACCAGCUGGAGGGGGGCAGCAGAGGCCUGGUCCCAGGAGGGUGGCAGGAGGUGGGGGGCCCCGGUGGGGAGUGCCUUCUGCGGAGCUCCAUCCCGGCCGUGGAGAUCUUCAUGGUGAAGGUCUUCAUGCAGCUGGUGGUGGGCAUCACCAGCGGCAUGUGGGUCUGGACGUCCAAGACGCUGCAGUCAUGGCAGGGCCUCUUCAGCCGCAAGCUGCGGAAGCGCGCGCGGAGGAAAGCCGCCGCCUGCGUCUUCACGGGCGGCAGCGGGCGCUACCUCAAGCCCCAGGCGCUGCCGCCGCCCUCCGCGCCCGCGCUACACAAGGGACACCCAGGGGGGGGCAAGUAUGAGCCCCCCGGAACUGCCGCGCCCACGGCCACAUGCGUCUGACCCCAACACACGCACACACACACAUACAUUCACACGCACACACAUACACACACACACACACAGAAAGAAAGCUCUUGCCUUCAAUCAGUUUCUUCAGAAACUUGCAGGACCUCUGAAGGAACAAACACUGUUUCGUAUUUAUUGUUUGUUUGUACGUUUGUUUGUUUUUCAUAAAUUACCAUUUUACAGUAGCCUAAUACUAACUGUGAAACAGACUUGUAAUGUUUCUCUUUUACAAAGAUACAAAAAAAAGCUACAGCGAGACACUGAAAUCAUAGGGCAUCAUAACACAUGGACCGUUUUUAAAGGACUACGACGUAAUGCCCUUUUGGAGUACUGUGCCAUUGAACAUGUGUCGCUGUGUUCCACACUGUCGUGAUAUGCCAGAUAUCCUAUUCUGGUAAUACGGACAGCCUCCCAUAAUCCAGUGGGAUUAAAUGGACUACUAAAAAAUCACAGGGGUCCUUCACUCGCACAUGGACACCUACUGCCUGUUGCCAAAGUGGAGCUGGACUGCAACUCAAAAACUAAAACAAAACAAAAAACAAGCACUAGAUUUUACAAAAAAAAGACUUUAGAGGCGACAUGUUGGAUGUUUUACUUUGUUUUGGAAGUUUGAUUUUUUUUUGUACAGUAAGUCCUCUCUUUUGAGUCCCACCAACCCCUGGUCGUUGCUCUUUUUUAGCACAAUGCAUUGUAUAUAUUUCUUUUCUAAAAAAAAUGAUAUUUUAUAAGAAUA